UAUGACGAAGUUAAAUGAGCCAUUCGGUAAGGCAUCACUUCAGUCACGCUUUGACGCGACUAAGAAGUACAUCAAUGCACGGAUGGAACCUCAUCAAAACGUGCGUGAUCAUGUUCUCCUCAUGUCCAGUUAUUUCCAAGAAGCCCAGGAUCAUGGUGCUGAAAUAGACAGUGCUACUCAAGUAAGUCUUAUCUUGAAUAGCCUGACUCCAGCAUUUCUACCAUAUACAUCAAAUUAUGUCAUGAAUAAGAAGGAAAUUGACUUUCAUGAAUUAGUCAAUGACCUUCAAACUUAUGAAAAUUUGAUUGGAGGACCCAAGAAGAAAGGGAGUAAACCUCAUCCUGGUAAUGGUAAUGGGACGAUAAAACCUGAAGCAAAUGUUGCCUCUGCUUCAAAGCCCAAAUCGAAGAAGAAGUGGAAGAACACCAAGAAGCGAACAAAAGUCAUGAAAAAGGCUGCUCCUUCUGGUGAUGCUACACUUAAAGGAAAGUGUUUCCACUGCAAUGAAAAAGGUCAUUGGAAACCCCAGUGUCCUAAACUUCUUGCAAAGAAACAAGGCCAAGCUACUUGAACUCAAUUGAGUUGGAUCAGCAAGCUGGACCAAGGGUGAAAUCGUCCAGAUGAAGAUGAAGCUCUUCAAUUUAUUUUUGAAUUAAUUGUUUUAGUUUAAA